AUGAGAAUGUCAUUGAAUACCUUUGCACUUGUGAUGCUUCUCUUAUUCACAAUAACUGCUGACCAAUGUUUGAGCUGCAUUGAACAAGAGAACCAGGCUCUUCUCAACUUCAAAAAAAGCAUUCGCAGCUUCUUUGAUGAUGAUCCAUCAUCACCACCUAUACUUUCCUCAUGGGAAGGGCAUGAAUGCUGCCAGUGGGAAGGCAUAGCUUGCAACAAUGUUACUGGACAUGUUGUCAAGAUUGAACUCAGCAGCAGUUGUGUAUCAAGCCCUUCAUCAUGGGGAGACACUGCUAAUAUAGAACCAAACUAUGAUGAAUUUUUCCCUUAUUUGUUUGUUGAACACUUGAAUUCAUCUCUGUUACACUUAAAACACUUGAGCCAUUUGGAUUUGAGUGGAGUCUUACUUUAUUCGAGUCCGGCCAAGUUCCUUGGUUCUAUGCAACAACUUAGAUAUCUUAAUCUGUGGACUGAGUUUAAAGGCAUGAUUCCCAGCAGUAUUGGAAACCUCACCAAUUUGCGUGUUCUUUGCAUCAGUAACUUUGAGGCUUAUUCUGAUGAUCUUAGUUGGGUUGCUCAACUUUCAUCAUUACAAUACCUUGGCUUCUUUGGUGUUAAUCUUUCCACGGCACACAAUUUGUUUCAGGUACUUAACAUGCUUCCUUCUUUGUCUCAGAUACACCUAGUUGAUUGUGGGCUUGGAAACAUGCCAAUUCCUCUUCAUCCAAUUAACCUCAUGAACCUUACAAAUGUUCAAGUUCUCAAUCUUGAAAGUAAUAAUCUCAAAGAUCCAGUUCUUGAUGCUUUCAGUAACCUGACUUCAAUUAGAUUUUUUCACAUUUCACAAAACAGCUUAACUUCAUUGCCACAGUGGUUUGAUAAGCUUAACAAACUUGUUGGUCUGUACCUUGCUGGCAAUCAACAACUUUCUGGUCAGUUUCUUCUUAAUCUUCAAAACAUGACCUUCAUGCCCUUCAUUAGAGAGUUUGACCUUAGUAGUACCAAUCUAUAUUCUGUACCUUCAUGGUUAAGUAAUUGCAAGAGCCUUGUGAAGUUAGGCCUUGCAUACACUUUCCUUCACGGAUCAAUUCCAUAUGCUCUAAGAAAUUUGACAUCCCUCACAGUUCUUAACCUCUGGGGCAACAAACUCACUUCAGUUCCAAUUUGGUUAGGUGAGUUAAAGAGUCUUAUCCAUCUCUCUCUUGGAAGCAAUGAUAUCACUAGUGUAGAGGAGGGUUCUCUGGCAUCAAUUUUGGGAAAUAUGUGUCAUUUAAAAGAUUUUUUUUUGUCUGGACACAAGCUUCAAGGAGAGUUAUUUCCCAGUAAUUCAAAUAUAUCUUGCUGCAACAACUAUGAAUUGGAGGUGUUAGAUUUGAGUCAUAACAACUUCAGUGGUAAGUUACCAAGUUGGUUGGGGAAAUUAAAAAAUUUAAAUUACCUUGAUCUCAGCUCAAAUUCAUUUUCUGGCCCCAUUCCACAUAGUCUUGGAGAACUGGUGAAUCUUACAAGCUUGGAGUUUUCUUCUAACCUUUUUGAUGGUGUUAUUCCUUGGAGUAUUGGGCAGCUUCAAAACCUAAACACACUAGAUCUUUCAUCCAACUUCUUUACUGGUGUCAUUCCUUGGAGUCUUGGACAACUCAAAAAUCUGUUUUACUUUAAUCUUUCUUCUAACUCUUUGGAAGGAACGAUUAGCCAUUUAGAGAGAUGGAUUGCAAUGAAGAGUCUUAGCACCUUGUGUCUCUCGAAUAACCAACUCAAUGGAUCGAUUCCAGAAAACCUUGGUGAGAUAAUGCCUAGUUUGAGGUACUUGGCACUUGACAAUAACCAUAUAAGUGGUUCAAUGCCAACUUCAUUGUGCAAACUCAAAGAAUUGGUGAUUAUUGAUAUUUCCAGCAACGAAUUAUCGGGUGGAAUUCCAAAGUGCUGGAGGGAUGGACUUGUAGAAGAAAUUGAUUUGUCAUCAAACAAGUUAUCAGGUGUCAUUCCAAACUCUAUUUGGAAUAUGUCAUCAUUGGUGUGGCUGCAUUUGAAUAACAAUAGUCUUCAUGGAGAGCUUCCAUUGUCCUUAAACUUCAAAAAACUGCUGAUUUUGGAUCUUGGUGAGAAUCAAUUAUCAGGAGCCAUACCUUCAUGGAAGGAUGACACGUUUUUCGAGCUGCAAAUUCUUAGAUUGCGGGGAAACAUGUUCAAUGGUACUGUCCCUUCAAACUUGUGCCAAUUUGGUAAAUUGAAAAUAUUGGACCUUGCUAACAACAGUUUAAGAGGUGCAAUACCUCAUUGCAUUGGCAAUAUCACAGGAAUGGUUUUAGAAACAAAAAUCUUGUCAAAUGGGACAGUAGUCAAUGGCACCAAGCAAUGGAAUCAAGAGGAUGUCAAGCAAGUCAUCAAGGGAAGAGAGUUUGAUUACACUAAAAAUUUGGUUCUUCUAACCAACUUGGACUUGUCAAACAAUAGAUUGGAUGGACUAAUUCCUGAAGAACUAUCCUCACUUUCAGGAUUACAUGGACUGAAUUUGUCUUAUAAUAAUUUGUCUGGAGAGAUACCUGAAACAAUAGGAGAUAUGAGAUCACUAGAAUCUCUUGACUUCUCUCAUAACCACCUCUUUGGUGCUAUUCCAAAUAGCAUGUCCAGUUUAACUUUUCUUAGCCACUUGAACUUGUCAAACAACAACUUUUCAGGUCCAAUUCCAAGAGGUAACCAGUUCCAGGUUCUUGAUGAUCCACUUAUUUACUCUGGCAAUCCAUUUCUCUGUGGAGUUCCACUUAAAACAAUCUGCCCUGGUGAUGUUUCUCAUCAAGAUUCUCAUGACGAAGGCUAUGAAGAUGAAGCCGGAGAAAAUGACAAGUCAGAUAAAAUAUUGUUUUACUUUGUCAUAGCCGUCGGCUUUGCAACUGGCUUCUGGGGAAUUAUUUGUGUUUUGUAUUUCAAGAAGAAUUGGAGAUAUGCUUGCUUUGGAUAUGUGGAUGAGGUAGCAGACAGAAUUUAUGUUGCAAUUGUGUUGAAAGUAGCAAAACUGAAGAACAGGUUGCAGUAA